ACUUCAGUCAGCUUCAGUCUUAUGUCAAACGAACAAAUCUGAAUUGACUGACAAUUUGUGAAACUUGAAAGUUGUUUGUUUUGUUGAGAAAUAACCUCAAAGUAACAGAAAAGAAUCUCUUGUAAAUAAACAAGACAAACCGGGGACUACGAUAAUACAUUGCUGAACGAAACUAAAUAUUUUAUUUUACAAUUAAAAUAAGUCAUUUGUGAUAGAAAUAUGCCACGAGUGAAAAUUGAUUAUGUUGUGAGUUUCAGUAGCGAAGAUCAAGACAAUCAGGUUAACAACUUACUGGCCUGGGAAGUAGGCAAGAAGCGAUGGCUGUGUAAGAAAGGGGAGUCUUCAUGCUCAGUAGUGCUGCAGCUGGCCCGAGCUGUUCAGAUAUCAGCGAUACACAUUGGUGCAUAUCAAGCUGCAUUAGUGGAAGUUUUGGCCGGUAGGUCUGAGACGCCAAAUGAUCCAUACCAAGUGGUAGUGCCGAGCUGCGUGUUCCUGUCGCCGGGCGAGUCUCGGCGCGCGGCCGCCGCCGACCGCGUGCGCAGCUUCAGCGGCGCGCAGCUGGCGGCCGCCGCCGCCCAGCGCUGGGACCGGCUGCGGCUCGUGUGCUCGCAGCCCUACAACAACCACUGCCAGUACGGGCUGUCGUUCGUGCACGUGUACGAGCCGGAAAGGGCGGGUAACAUGGCCGCGCCGCCCGCCGCCGCCGCCGCCGCCGCCGUCGAGUCCUCGGACGAAGACGACUACCGGCCCGGCCAGCUGUUCGCCGCCGUGCACACCGCCUCCGCAGACACAGGUGCACAAAUAAGAAAAGCUACGUCACAAAUACUGAAGAAUAUAUUAGACUCCUCGAAACUAGUAAAGUCGCCCAUAAUUAAAAAUAGCUCCAAAAAACAAAAUAUCGCAAAUGAUGCACCGAGCACUAGUCGAGACAGGGACGGCCUCGUGUACACGGACGAGGACAACGAGCCUCACAGUAAAAUAGAUCAAGUUGUAGAGAGACACCGGCAUGAGAAGAAAGACAGGGACGAUGCACCCAAAACAAAUGUGAGGGAUGGUGACAGCAACAAGAAACAUAAUAAAGAUGUUGCCAAAUUAAGUGUUAAACAUGAAAAGAAAGAGAGAGACGAUGCAUCCAAAACGAAUGUCAAGGAUAACAACAAUGACAAAAAACAUAAAGAUGUUACAGAUUCAAGUGAUAAUUCAUCUAAAACAAAUAAACAUAAUGCGCAUCAUACAAAACAUUCUGACAAUGGUAAUAAACGCGACUCGAUGAAAAGAAAACGUGACGAUGACGAAUCGAGUAGCAGAUCGCCACAUCAUAAGACGGCCAAAGAUAAAUCAUUUGACGCUGACAACGGGGGAAGCAGUAAUCCCGACGAAAUUUUAUCAUUGCUUAAUGACGAUAACGCGGCGCAGCUGGCGCGGGUGCUGGCGGGCGCGUGCUUGGUGCUGAGCGGCUACGUGCACCCGCAGCGCGCGCGGCUGCAGCGGCUCGCGCGGGCGCUGGGCGCGCGCCUGCUGCCCGCCUGGGGGCCGGCCUGCACGCAUCUCAUCUGCGCGUUCCCGAGCACGCCGAAGUUGCAGAAAGCAUACGCGAGCGGGCAAGUGGUUCGCGCGGCGCGCGGCGAGUGGCUGCAAGCUUGCGUCCGCGCGCGGCGCCGCCUGCCGUGGCGCUGGUUCGCCAGCGAGCGCCGCCAGCGGCUGCCGCCGCCGCCGCCCGGCCACCCCGCCUGGAACCCCUCCCCGCCGCCACCCGCGCCCGACGACUCCGACACCGACGAUGAUAUAGAAAAAGUGCUUCAACAACAGAAGAGAGCUCGAAGUAGCCAGUCGCCGAGUCGCCGCCCCGCCGGGACGGGGGAGGGAGCGGGGGAGGAGGAGGAGGAGGAGGGGGACGACACCGACACAGAGCUCCGUCCCAGGCGAGUGUAUGGUGCAGGGAGGCGGAGGAGGAGCAGCAGCAGGGCGGCGGGCCGCUGCCGGACUUCUUCGACGGGUACACGUUCGCGUUCGCGGACGACGUCGGCGACACGUUCGAUAAGAGCCUGCUCAAUAGAUACAUCCAGGCGUACGGGGGCGUCGUCGUGGACAGGCCACCGGAGGAGGCGGCCGACGUGGACUACGUGGUGUGCGGCGGCGGCGGCGGCGGCGGCGGCGGCGGCGGCGGCGGCGGGCGGCGCGUCCGCGCCGACUGGGUGUGGCGCUGCCACGCCGCGCGGCGGCUGCUGCCCAGCGGCGGGGGCUGUGUGUAGCGCACUGUCACCGUCACCGUCACCGUCGCCGUCACCUCGCUACUAUUGUAACAAGUGUACCAACACUAUGUACACAAUAAACUUGUUUUUUUACCUAAUGUGUAUUGUUACGUAUAGUCAAUCCUUUUCAUCCCUUUCAAUGUAGUAAACGACCGGGUAAUCGGAGGAACAA